CCGGCAUGGGGAGUGCGGUUAGAUGUUACGGCGACGACUAUACCGCUAUCUCCGCGAAUAAAUAAAAGAUGAAGUGGCGAGCGGCUCCAUAACGGCUCAGUCCGCCUCCAGACGCGUCCCACGAUGGUCAACUACAAGCGUGUGGUGUGCGAAGUGGCGCUGCUGAUGGCACUGGCUACUGCAGCUGUCGCAGCGCCUGUGGACUGCGCGGACCGCCACUUCGAUCAGCGGCAAAACGGCUCAGAGAACUAUAGACUCAACAUCGACGGCGUUGUCAUAGCCGUCGCCCCGGCUGACUCAUUGCUCGCUGCCGCUUCGGACAUUGAUCUAAGUGACUUAUUAGACUUAGAGGAGUUCAAUGAACCUUCGAAACCGAAACCUCCUAGUAGCGAGACUUUGAAGCCCCAAAUUGAACCGAAACCUGAAGACGGUAAGCCUCAAGAAUCGAAGCCGGAAGCUGUUAAGCCUGAUGAAGCGCCGCUCAGUGAUGUCAGUCUCAGCUCUGAUAUUAAGGGACAGAAAAAAGAGAUUUCUACGAAGAAACAAGAGAAGGCGCAUAGAUUAAAAAAUCGUCUCGCCAACAUCUUGCUUCCAUUGCUAAGAAGAAAUCGCCAUCAAUAGACAAGGAAAGCUGAAAUAAUACUCAGAUUCUUAACGAGUUUCCAAUGCCCUUUAAAUAAAAUAAUAUAAGAGAAGAAGACUUCGACGUAUGUCUAAUAAUAUCAGUAAUCAUACGUAAAAUUUUAUUUAAAAAUAUAUUAUAGAUAUAAUGGAGAAAUGUGUUUGUUUGAGCACGAGUGAUAAAUGCAUUUAUAUUUAUUAUAGUGUUUAAGUGUAUGUGUAAUAUUGUAAAUUGUUUUGUUGAAAAUAAAAUUGCCUAAUUUUUAUUGAAAAAUCCCUAAAUUGUGUAGUUUCAUUUUGUGUAAAUAUUUCUUUUGAAAAACGGCUGUGCAUCGUAUAUCUGUAUCUUAUACUAAAAGUAGUUCAUUAUUAUUUAUGACACUAUUUCAAAGACGCUAUAAAGACCGAAAAAGUACCUAAUCAAGAAACUUUAAUUACUAAAAUUUCUUACUUUUAACCUUUUUAAAAAUAGUUUUUAUUAAGAUAAAUAGUAAGUAGUAAUUCAUCUCUAAAAAUUGAUGUUAACUAAAGAUAAGUUAUCGUUUACUUUUGUUUUCAUACAAAAAUAAACUAUGAGCUUUCUUAUAGAAUUUCUACCAGACAAAAAAUUCAGGUUUUUUAAAUUCAGCAUUUUCACACGACU